AUGCGCUUUCUCAUUUCCCUGGUUUCCUCAUCAACUUCCAUUGGCCACCAUUUACUCUGUCUUUCUCGCCGCUCACUCACCAAAAAAUCCCCAUUCUCAACCCUAAUCCAUCACAAACCUCCACCAGGCAUGGCCACCUCCGAGGGCUCCCUGCGCCGCUCUCUCGCCGAGAAACAAUCCUCAAUCGAAUCUCAAGGCAAGACUGUCCGCGCGCUCAAAGCCUCUAAUGCUGAAAAGACUGCUGUCGAUCAGGCAAUUGAAAAAUUGAACGCGCUAAAAUUAGAGAAAUCUUCGAUUGAGAAACAACUUCAAGCUGCCGUUAGUGGUAAUCCUGAUGGCUCUGUUAAUAAAGAAGCAUUCCGUCAAGCUGUAGUUAAUACACUUGAACGGAGGUUGUUUUAUAUUCCUUCUUUUAAGAUUUAUCGUGGUGUUGCUGGGCUUUAUGAUUAUGGGCCUCCUGGUUGCGCCGUCAAGUCCAAUGUCCUUGCUUUUUGGCGCCAGCAUUUUGUUCUUGAGGAGAAUAUGUUGGAAGUUGAUUGCCCAUGCGUGACGCCUGAGGUUGUUCUCAAAGCAUCUGGUCAUGUGGAUAAAUUCACAGACCUUAUGGUUAAGGAUGAGAAAACCGGGACUUGCUAUCGUGCGGACCACUUGCUUAAGGAUUUCUGUAAUGAGAAGAUUCAGAAAGAUCUUAGCAUAAGUGCAGAGAAGGCUGCAGAACUGAAACAUGUACUUGCUGUCCUGGAUGAUCUCUCUGCUGAAGAGCUGGGUGCGAAGAUCAAGGAGUAUGGUAUGACAGCUCCAGACACGAAGAAUCCACUUUCUGAUCCUUAUCCAUUCAACUUGAUGUUUCAAACAUCAAUUGGUCCUUCUGGUUUGAGCCCUGGGUAUAUGCGCCCAGAAACAGCUCAGGGCAUAUUUGUUAACUUUAAGGACUUGUACUAUUACAAUGGGAACAAGCUCCCCUUUGCUGCUGCUCAAAUUGGCCAGGCUUUUAGAAAUGAGAUUUCUCCCCGCCAAGGCCUUUUAAGAGUCCGUGAAUUCACAUUAGCAGAGAUUGAGCACUUUGUUGAUCCUGAGGACAAAUCUCACCCAAAAUACUCUGAAGUUGCAGAUCUCGAAUUUCUGAUGUUCCCAAGAGAAGAACAAGUCUCUGCCCAAUCUGCAAAGAAAAUUCGGCUUGGUGAAGCUGUUUCUAAGGGAACUGUCAACAAUGAAACUCUUGGCUAUUUCAUUGGGAGGGUGUAUCUUUUCCUAACUCAUCUUGGUAUAGACAAAGACCGAUUGCGAUUCCGGCAACAUCUUGCGAAUGAAAUGGCCCACUAUGCUGCAGAUUGUUGGGAUGCUGAGAUUGAGUCUUCAUAUGGUUGGAUUGAGUGUGUUGGUAUUGCAGAUAGAUCUGCAUAUGACUUGCGUGCUCACACGGACAAAAGUGGAGUACCUCUUGUAGCCCAUGAAAAAUUUUCAGAACCCAAGGAAGUGGAGAAAUUGGUUAUAGUACCAGUAAAGAAAGAACUGGGUCUUGCUUUUAAGGGUAACCAAAAGAAAGUGGUUGAAGCUUUGGAGGCAAUGAAUGAAAAAGAAGCUUUGGAAAUGAAGGCCUCUCUGGAAACUAAAGGAGAGGUAGAAUUUUAUGUCUGCACUCUUGGAGAAAAUGUGACAAUUAAGAAGAGCAUGGUAUCAAUUUCAAAGGAGAAGAAGAAGGAACACCAGAGAACUUUCACACCAUCAGUAAUUGAGCCAUCUUUUGGCAUUGGCCGCAUAAUCUAUUGUCUCUAUGAGCACUCUUUCUACAUGAGGUCCAGUAAAGCUGGGGAUGAGCAGCUGAAUGUUUUCCGUUUUCCUCCUCUUGUGGCACCUAUAAAGUGCACAGUUUUUCCUCUUGUCCAGAAUCAGCAGUACGAAGAUGUUGCCAAAAUCAUUUCUAAGUCAUUGACGGCUUCUGGAAUCUCUCAUAAGAUUGAUAUUACAGGUACCUCAAUUGGCAAACGAUAUGCAAGAACAGAUGAACUAGGUGUACCCUUUGCGAUAACCGUUGACUCCACAACCUCUGUGACAAUCAGGGAGAGGGAUAGCAAGGAUCAAAUCCGUGUUAACGUGGAAGAAGCAGCAUCAGUUGUGAAGUCAGUAACUGAUGGACACAGUACAUGGGCUGAUGUCUGGGCAAAUUUCCCUCAUCAGUCCUCUGGAUCUGCAGAGGAUUAG